AAAUGUAACCGGAAGUACAUGGUAAAUUGCUAUAUCACUUAGGCUGUGGCUGUCUUACUCAAAAUCGGAAAACAAGAUAUCUAAAAUCGAGCGUAUUAGACGCUUAAAAUGGCAGCCAUGAUGACAAUAACAUCUGCAGGUAUAUUAUGUAUAGAAGUGCUUUGUAUUAUUUCAUUAUAGUAUUGAAAUAUGAAAAACUGUCAUUCGCCGAAUUAUGUUCUGUAUCUUUCAUUUUCAUAUCAAUCUAGCACGGUUAGCACGUCAAUCAUGACAAUACAAUACAUUCAAUGCAGUGAAUUGAAAACAAUCAAUAAAAUAAAAAGACAGACAGUCAACAUCAAUACAAACAACAAUCAAUCAUAUAGGCCCUAUCCCUGUACAGUAAGCAAUUACUUGAAGAAAAAAACUAAGACGGGGACCAUACUUACCCAUAUUUCAUUACGCGAAAGUUUAGGUAGGGUCAGGGUGGUUUAUCAUUUUGUAAUUUGACAAAAUGCAGUAUGAUUAUGCUUAGGCUCAGGUCUAGGUGGCAGGUGGGGAAGGAAGCAUUGAGCUCUACCCAUUGCCUAUGAUUAGGGACCUCGGUAUCGACCGGAAAUACCCAAAAAACAGUAUCGUAUUUUCAUUGUCAUAAUGGCGACCUCUACUUUUUAAUUUACUGAGGGUAUCGUUGUUUCGCGUUUUAUAAUCGAUUUUCAGCUUAAUAAUAUACUUUUACUUCUGCCAAUUACUUAAAGCUGAUAUCUUUCCUGUUAUAUUAAGAGUUUGUUUGAUUUUUUGGGUCAAGAUUAAGCUUUGAAAUUUUGAAGUUAAAAAUUGGUCAACUUCACUCAGUAAUAACUUUUUUUUAAAAAUGCGCUCAAUAAUAAAAAAAACUCUGCUCAUAUAAUUUAUAGGUUCAUUUACAACAUAUCAAAAAUUCAUGAGUGUAGACUCAAAAACAAAUUUCCAAGAUGUCAUUUUUUUAGGCUAUGUAAUUUGUCAUCAAGGCCACCGUGCUUGUCUGCUUAUUUCCAAUUAUCGAUAGCAGCCAAGGGGUAAUUAAUAAUUCAUUAAGUUGGUUAUCCAGAGUGUAAAUGGGAAAUAUAACUAAUUAUAAAUCAUUUUAUAUAAAUAAAUAAUGUUUUAUAACAUAAAUAAUUAUUAUUGGCUUAUUGAAUAUCAGUAAUUUUAAUAUCAGUUGGUUAACAUGGACCUGGCUGACACUGACAUGGGAUUGAUUAGCUCUUGUCUUUGACCUAUAUAGUGAUAGGCUUAGUAAAAGUAUUAUAAUAGUAAUUAUACUAUUAUAAAUGAUUUAAGGAGUGGGAUAAAUAGCUUUUAUUACAACUAAUAUAUUUAUAAUUUAUAUUAGUUUAUAUAUUUAUAGAUAAAUAUUUAUUUGUAUGUAUUAGGGGUGUGCCGGAUCCGUUUUUUCCAACCGGAUCCGGAUUUUCUAAUGCGAAAUCCGCCGGAUCCGGAUUCCGGUUUCUCCCGGAUUUUGGUACUAUUGGUAGAUACUUCGGUAAGUCAAGGUGGACUACUACUUUUUGUGUAUGGGAAUUCGCAAUCGGCGCCAAAAAAUCCGAGUUUUUAAUUUUCCGAUGUGUGUGUCUAUUUAUUAUUAAAUUAGUACUUUCGAUAUAUAUUUGAGUUCCGUUCCAUUUGGAUAAGUGUCUUACGAGAGACGCCAUGUUUCUACGCGUUCGCAGCAGGUUAUGCAGCUCGCUCAACCUAAUUUCGCCAUGGGGUUGGCCACGCCCCCCUUUUUAAUGGCGGAAGUUGACGAUACUUAGGAAAUAUUAAUUUAUUAUCACUAUUUACAUCAAAAUAAUUGAUAACUUGUGUUUCAGAAUGCAUUUAAAGACAUUUAAACUGGAAUGUUUUAAUUUGAGCUUUAACAACCCGGUAGAAUCCAUAUUAUAAAUGAUCAGAAUUUACCGUGUGCAACACGUUGUCAUUGGCAACCAUUCACAGCCACUUGCAUAACUGUAUCGUAGUACUACCUCAGAGUUUCAUUCAUAAGAGUUUGCCGUGUGCAAAAACUAUUAAACCAUUGGUCAGGGAAAGCUUUAAUUAAUUAUUCAUGUGCCAAAGUUGAAAGUUUAAACUAAGUCUAAACAGUAUUUUAGUGAUAAGGCAGGGAAUGCGUUGCCUUAUAUAAACUAUAUAGUCAUUGCGCAUGACGGGAUUGGUGGAAUGAGAUCACAGAAUGUGGAGAUGCAGUCCAUGUUAAAAAAUGACAAACCAAGUCGUACUUUAAAAAUUCAUAACUUUAAAACUACAACAGCUAAAUAUAUGAUUUUGGUGUUAUAAUUCUUUAAAAAAUUACAUCUUUUCAACUAUGCCAUUGGUUUAUUUUUACAAAAAGUUUAAAUUUUCUAAUCAAAGUCCCUACACUAUUGGCCACUAUUAGCGGUGCUGACUCUAGCCUCUGGUAUGUACGGAAUAUUAAACAUAAAACAAGCUCAACGCUCGAAACAAUCGAUUAAUGUAUCGUGAUCGUGUGGAAUUCGGGAAAGAGAAUUACUUUUAUUUCAGAUUAUGAUCCGGUGAGUCACAAAAUCUGACAAAUUCCGAAAUCCGGUAUAUUCCGGAAUCCGGUUGUUCCGGAUACAUGUAAAUCCGGCGGAACCGGAUUUCACCGGAUAGUGCAAAAUCCGGCGGAACCGGAUUCCGGACCGGAAUCCGGCACACCCCUAGUAUAUAUAUACCGGUAUAUAUAAUGACCAUAGGCUAUAGGCCUUGUAUACAUAUAGUAUAAUACAAAGUAUACUAUAUCAGGGUUAAGGCCUAGACCCAACCCAACUAAUUUGUAGGGCCUAUUAUAAUAAAUUAUAUUUAAUGAUAUUUUAGGAUAUGUAAUAAAAUUUUAAUGAAUAUUUUGAUUCUUACUAAAGGCAUAAACUAAUAAACUAAGUAAAACAUUUUAAAAUAUUCACUUACCUUUGGUAUUGAAAUAUCCUACAUUUAAUCACAUAUCACAAUAUUCCACAAGAGAAUUAUUAUAUAAUCCUCACUUUCUCAAAGAAAAAACACACUUUCUGGCACUACACUCCAAGAAUUACUUAAGAUAUUAUUACUAAAGAACAAUCAUAAAAACCUGUACUUACCUCUAGUAAAUGACUAGAACUUAUUUUAUUAACAGCUAAAGUCAAAGUUGAUUCUAAUAAUACAAUUUGAUUUGUAAAACAAGAUUACAAACUUAAAAUAAAUGACAUGCUGAUUGUUUUGUCAUUCUUAUAGGAAUAAUAUAAUAUAUAGUAUACAUAUGUAGAAAAUGGUAAAAUAAAAAGUGUAAUUGUCAAUUUUAAAUAAAUAAAACAAAUAAUCCCUUUAUUAUUUGUUUAUGCUUAUAAAUGCUAAACAAUUCCACAGAAAAUCUGCAAUUAAUAUCUAAAGAAUAUUAUUAUUAUUAUGAUUUUUGGGAAAUUAAAAACAAAAUUAAAACAAAAUUUUAAUUAAUUAAACAAAUAAGUGAUGAUUCAGCAUUUGUAUACAUUUUUAAUAAGCAAAUAAUAAAGUGUUGUUUUUUUUUUUAAUAUUUGCGGCACAUUAACAAAAACUAACAUAUAUUUUGUGGCUUUAUUUAGAAGUACUCUUAUUUAACUAUGUUCCUUGUAAAUAUUAUAUUUUUGUCUCAUUUUAUAAUAAAGUUAUAGCAUAGGCCUUAAAAAAAAAAGCAAACUGAGGGUCACAAAAUGUGGAGGAAAAUCCCAUAGUAAAAAAGUGGUUUUGAGGUCCCUACUAAAAAAUGCAUAACUUUUGAACCACUUGAGCUAGAAAGUUGAUCUUGGUGUUUUUGUAAUCUAUUCUCCAGGCUCUAUACAGCUGUAGUAUUUUUAUAUUUUUAAAAAUGUUUUGAAAUUUUUAUCAAAGUGGCUACUAUGAUGCUCAAAGCGCUAGUCGCCAUACCCAACACCAGCCAUUUAUUCUAGGCCCCUUCUGUAAUAAGUCAUUAGUGUGUAUGUUUUGAGUCCUAAGAGUAGGUACUUUGGUUUAUAAAAUUUAAAAAUUCAAAAAAAAAUUGCAAAAUAUCCAAAAUCAACUUUUUAAAAAAAUUAAACCAAAAUCAACUUUUGGCUAAUCCUAGUUAUGAUUACCACGACUUAUUUUCCAGGGAGUGACUUCCCUUUGUUUAUUUUUACUAAAUUAUUUUAGGGAUCGAUUUAGGGUUCAGGUUAGAAAAGGGGAUAGAUGACUUCACGUGACAUGUUAACCAAGAUGGCGGCCAUUGAGAAAAUAGUGGCAAUCGUAGUCAAAAUUUACCCAACUUUCUAUAGUAUAUGUAGUAGUUCUGAGAUACGAAUUUUCAAAGUACGUUUUCGCUUGUCCUUUUUUAACAUGGACUUCAUGUCCACAUGUGUGUCAUUCUGUGACCCAAUUCUGCAGUUCGAGUCACGAGCUAUAUAACUCUUGUUUUCAUGAUAAUUUUAUACGACUUUUAUUUUCAGAACUAAUGCUUUAUUAAAAAAUAAUUUUAAUAGUGUUAUACAAUUAUAAAUAAAUUGUAUCUUAUCUAACUAUGCUUUAUCACUAUGUAUAUCAGUAAAUUUAAUAUUAUGCAUUAAUAUGUGGCUUUCCUGUUUACCAAAUCUACCACAUCCAUUAUACCUGUAUAUUAUCUAUAGUCUAUAUAAGGCAAGGCAUCCUCUUAUUACUAAAUUACUGUUUGGGGACUACUUAUUUUGAACUUUCAACUUUGGCACAUGUCUAAUUAAUUAAAGCUUUCUCUGAUCAAUUGUUUAAUUGUUUUUGCACAUGGCAAACUCUGAUGAAUGAAUGAGAUAGUAGUACUAUGGUAUAGCCAUUAUGUUGGUGGCUGUGAAUCGUCGCCCAUGACAACGUUUUGCACACAGAAAAUUCUGAUGAUUUAUAAUAUGGGCUCUACCGGAUUUUUGAAGCUCAAAUAAAAAUAUUCAUGUUUAAUUUUAGAUGUCUUCAAAAUGCAUUCUGAAACAUAAGUUAUCAAAUAUUUUGAUAUAUAUAGUGUUAAUAAUGCAAUAUUUCCUAAGCUACAUAUCAGCGUCUUCCGCCAUUUAAAAGGGGGCGUGGUCACUAAUCCUAAAUGGCUUGUGUGAUCUUUGCAUAAUGAGGUCUACAUUGCAGAGAAUUGUGACAAUGUCUUAUGAGCUAGCGCAAUGAAAUUUUGCACACAUAUACCUCAAUAUAUUGUGCUGACAUACAAUUAGUAUGAAAGACAUACUUUCAACAUUUGGAUAAAAUGUUUAUGUUGAAAGAUGCCUUAUAUUGAUAUACAAUUUUCCUCAAUUAAAGUUGAUGUAAAGAACAAAGAAACUUAUUGGGAAUGUAGGUCAACAUUUCUUCUAAUGUAAAUGGGGGGAGUCAGACCUUAAUUAUGGGGCAAAAGGGCUCCAGCAUUAUUAAAAUUACACUCCAAUUAAAAACAAAAACAAAAAAAACUCGGAUUCCAUUGUGCCGAAGCCCAUUUCCAGUACUAAUUUUUUGUUGUGUACCUUGCAGUAACGAAGUACCUACUAAGAGCAUACAAAAGGUUUGAAAACACUAAAAAUUAGACACCAUCUGAGUCCAAUCCCCUGGUAGCUAAACUAAUAAAGAUAAUUUUCUUAUUCAACUUCAGUUAAGAAUAUUACUGACAUGUCUACCCAGUUAAACUUAUUUUUGACAUUAACCCCCCUCAAAAUCUUAUUUUAAGUGACAAAAUAACAGUUUUCAUAAAAAAGUAAAAAUACCAAAAAAUUGUAAAAGUAUUGAGGUCUGGUAUUGGCCUUUGAUUUAUUUUGCAAAUGAUCUUUUUAUGAAACAUAUUUAGUAUUAUUAGAAAAUUAUGCUUAAAGACUCCAAUGGUCUCUGUAUGCCUAAAAACCACUUGCCAAUUCUAAGUGAUUACCUGUUCGUACCAAUUGUCAAAAAAUACUUUUGGUAGUAUUAUUUACAGUUUAUGAAAAUUUAUAUCUUGGUGAAAAUUUAUUAAUUUUUUUAGAUGAAUUAAUUUUCGUUGUUUUUUGUGUUUUCAGCUGGUGUGAUUUCUCUUCUUGACGAGCCUGAACCACAUCUACAGACUUAUGCCUUGAACAAGUUGGACAACAUUGUUGAUGUAUUCUGGGCAGAAAUAUCAGAAUAUGUAGAUAAGAUUGAAGUCUUAUAUGAAGAUCCCCUGUUCAAAUCCAAUCAGCUGGCCGCUUUGGUAGCUUCUAAAGUUUAUUAUCAUCUUGGAGCAUACGAAGAGUCGUUAACAUUUGCUCUAGGUGCCGGCCCACUUUUCAACGUUAACGACACCUCUGAGUUUGUUGAGACGAUCAUCGCCAAAUGCAUUGACUUCUACACCAAGAUGAGAGUUCACAAUGCUGAUGCCUCAAAUGAGGCUGACAAAAAAGAAAUUGAUCCAAGGUUGGAGACGGUGGUGAACCGAAUGUUUCAGCGCUGUCUUGAUGACAAACAGUUCAAGCAAGCUGUUGGCAUAGCACUUGAAACAAGGAGGAUUGAUAUAUUUGAAAAGGCCAUCAAGCUCGCCGACGAUGUGCAAGGCAUGCUCUCCUAUGCUUUCAAAGUGUGCAUGUCUCUCAUUCAAAGCCGUAGCUUUCGCAACACCAUUCUCAGGGUUUUAACUAGCCUCUACAUGGGACUGGGCACCCCGGAUUACAUCAAUGUCUGUCAGUGUUACAUAUUCCUUGAUGAUGCCCAGGCCGUUGCCGACAUCCUUGUGCAGCUGACAAAAGGCAACGAGGACUCUGUUCUCAUGGCCUAUCAGAUCGGGUUUGACCUGUAUGAGAGUGCCACCCAACAGUUUCUUCAGCGUGUGCAGGCAGCACUCAGAGUUUCAGCACCGGCUCCCAUUUCUGCUCCAGCUGCCAUGAAUACCAAGAAGCCAAGCUCUGAUGUUGAUGAUAAAGAAAAGGAGACUGUAAUGGAUACAGAUGAAGCUGUGGGCUCUACAGAAGCAAAACCACCUACAAAAGAUCUCAGCAGUUUAACCGAUGAAGAGAAGCGUCAGCAGGAGCGCAUUGAGCGUUUGCACACCAUCCUCGGCGGGGAAACUAGUAUCUUCCUUCGUCUCCAAUUUCUGAUCAAGAACAACAAGACGGAUAUGCUUAUACUAAAAAAUACCAAGGAUGGUGUCAGGAACUCUGUGUGCCAUACUGCUACGGUCAUAGCCAAUUCAUUCAUGCACUGUGGAACAACAUCAGACCAGUUUCUUCGUGAUAAUCUCGAUUGGCUUUCAAGGGCCACAAACUGGGCCAAGUUUUCAGCCACUGCUAGCCUUGGGGUUAUCCACAAGGGUCAUGAGAAGGAAGCCCUGAAUCUCAUGUCCCAGUAUUUACCCAAAGACAUGGGACCAGGAUCGUCUUAUUCAGAGGGCGGUGGUUUGUACGCACUGGGCCUGAUCCAUGCUAAUCACGGUGGAGAGAUCACUGACUACCUCUUAAACCAAUUAAAAGAUGCUUCGACCGACAUGGUCCGACAUGGAGGGUGUUUGGGUUUAGGUCUUGCUGCUAUGGGAUCUGCCAGGCAGGACAUAUAUGAGCAGCUCAAGUUCAACUUGUUUCAAGAUGAUGCAGUGACCGGAGAAGCAGCUGGCCUUGCCAUGGGCUUAGUGAUGUUAGGUACAAAAUCAUCUACAGCCAUCACUGACAUGGUACAGUAUGCCCAGGAGACACAGCACGAAAAGAUCCUGAGAGGUUUGGCUGUAGGCAUUGCUCUCACUAUGUAUGGGCGCCUAGAAGAAGCGGAUGCCCUAAUUGAAUCACUGAUGCGAGACAAAGACCCCAUCUUACGUUGGUCUGGAAUGUACACCCUUGCCAUGGCCUACUGUGGGACAGGAAACAAUCAGGCUAUCCGCAGACUGCUUCAUGUGGCAGUCAGCGAUGUUAACGAUGAUGUCCGCAGAGUUGCUGUUACUUGUCUUGGCUUCCUUCUCUACAGAACCCCCGAACAGUGUCCAAGUGUUGUCUCCCUUCUUUCUGAAAGCUACAACCCCCAUGUUCGUUUUGGAGCCGCUAUGGCUCUUGGCAUUGCAUGUGCUGGUACAGGACUAAAAGACGCCAUAGGACUUUUAGAGCCUAUGACCAAUGACCCAAUCAACUAUGUCCGACAGGGUGCCCUCAUUGCCUCCGCCCUCAUCCUUGUCCAGCACAAUGAAUCCACCUGUCCCAAGGUUACCCACUUCCGCCAGCUUUAUGCCAAGGUUAUAGCGGACAAGCAUGAAGAUGUAAUGGCUAAAUUCGGGUCAAUCCUUGCCCAGGGUAUAAUUGAUGCCGGUGGUCGUAACUGCACCAUAUCCCUGCUGUCUCGUACAGGGCACACCAACAUGGAAGCAGUUAUGGGCAUGCUCGUCUUCUGUCAGUAUUGGUUCUGGUAUCCUCUUACCCACUUCCUCUCCCUUGCUUUUAAGCCUGCCUGCAUCAUUGGUCUAAAUAUCGAUCUAAAGAUGCCCAAGAUAGAGUUCAAAUCUAAUGCCAAGCCAUCUACAUAUGCAUAUCCUCCUGUACUUGAAGAGAAAAAAGACAAAGCCAAAGAAAAGGUGUUUUUUAGUUGUUGCUUUUUUAAAAAUUUGUUGCUAUGAACACCCAAUCAGAUCUAAUAUAAAUUUAAAUAUAAUAAUUUUAAAACACAAAUCACAUGAUAUACCUACUACCAGUUACUGUAUUCUGUCCAUGUUAAUAUUAAAUGCAAGUUUAACUACAUCUUAGGUUGAAACUGCAGUGUUAUCCAUCACAGCCAAACAAAAGAAGAAAGAGCUGGAGAAAAAGAAAGACUCACAGACCACUGUUGAGUCCAUGGAAGUUGAUGAGCCAUCUUCUAAAAAGGAAUCUGCUUCCAAGGAUAAGAAAGAUAAGAAAAAGGUACUCCAUGAUUAAUGCCACCUUGUGCCAAAAAAUUAUUUCCUUGGAUUAACCUCUGUAAUAAAUAAGUCUUGUCUUAGUAGCACUGUGGUUACCUUACAGUAGCAAGACAUCAAAAGCAUCACGGGUUAUUUUGAAGCCACUCUACAUCAUUAGAUUGAAUUUGAUUUGGCUUAAGCUAGUGCAGUGAUUAGAUAUGGUUGGGUGGCCUAAGAGUGCAAAAAAUGGCGAUCUAUUACCCAAAUAUUAUCAGUCCUUCAAUUUCUAUUUGUUGAACUACAGGAAGCAUCAUCAUCAGAUAAAAACAAAAACGCAGGUGAAGAUGAAUCAACCGAGUCCCUUCUGACUGAAUCAAUCCCAGAAAAGAAAGAGCCUGAACCAAACUUUGAGAUCUUGUCUAACCCAGCCCGGACAAUGAAGGUAUAUAGAUAUUAUUGUUACAAUUUUACUUGAGGUUUACCUGCAAUGAUUUCAUAUUUGUAUUCAUUAAAAAAAAAGACUCCCUAUUCCCCAUCUCAGAAGUCAGAGGCAUUGAAAGUCUGUAUGAUAAAGAGAUAACUCAUUUGUUACUAUUGCUUUUUACAACCACCAAAUAAAUAAUUUUAAUACUCACACCCGCUUGUGGUUACACAUUGUAAACCAUGUAGCUGUUACCUUCUUGCUGGUUUUUUUUUAAAUUUUGACAUUUUAUUUCAUAAAUGCUAACGCUAGGCAAGUUGCAUUAAUAUAUAUAUAAAAAUAAGCUAAUGUCACCAUAUAAUGCCGAGUUUAAUAGCUCAAAACGUAAAAUUCCCCAUAAUUGCAUCAAACAGGGAGUAAAUUUAUUUUCAGUAGCCAUGAAAACUAAAAUUCCUGCUCUAAAUGGAUUUCUUAAGAAAAAUGAUAGUAAUUUUUGUUUUGUUUUACCGACAUCAAAUCAAUUUAAAUCGCCUAAAACUGAUAUGUAAAUGUGUGUGAUCUUUAAAAAUUAAUUAUUAUAAUAAAUAAUAAUAUUAUAAAUUUGCCAUAAAUUUAAAAAAUAUUUAAGGAUUAUUUUAAGUAUACUAUCUGAACGUGAGAGUUAAGAUAUUAGUAUUCAAUUUUGACAUCGAAAUUACAAGACCCUAUUUUUAGGUUUUUCCUAAUAUUAAUGACGCUGAAGUGCCUAUAAAAUGAGACUGACGCAGUCUGAAAGCAAAUAUAAUUUUAAAUUUAUAGCAAUUUAAGUAUGAACCUUAAUGUCGGAAUGUAUUUUGUAUAAUAGGCAUUAUUUUUAUUUGGAUAACAAUAUCUAAAAAUCCAAUUAUUUUACAGAUGGGAAAUUCUAAUCUUUAAAAAUAGUUCCAUAUAUUUUUAAUUUCACUAAAAUACAGUUCAGGGUGUGAAUAAAUAAGGGUUAAGAUUUUCUUUAAAAAUAAAUGGAUUUGUAUUUUUUCAUUUUGCACAAAAUACUGUUUCGGGGCAUGAAUAGUUAUUAAAAAACACAAGACUGUUCCUUACAGUCGGUUAGUAGAUUAUUCUUUAGAUAUAAGAUUUCAGAAGCAGAGGAUGGAUUAAUUUUUAUAUAUUACCAAUAUAUCAAAAUCUGUUAAUGUUACUCACACAUGCGGGUGUGUGCAUUCAAAAUGCUGCAUAGAUAUUAUUUAAAGUUAAGGACACAUUUUUACAAAUUUUAGAAAAUGUCUUUUCAUUGUAGUUCAGGGGAAGAAAAGGUGUUGAAUAGCCUUAUAUUAUAUUAUUCAAAUAGAAAGAAAAAUAUUCUCAUAAACCAAUGAUGGUUUAAACUUUAACAUCUCUACAUAGAUAUUUCUUUAAAAAUUGACAAAAGUCUGAUUUACUAUUUUCUUUUUUGCGGAUACAAUAUAUCACACCCGAUACAUAAGCAAAAAUUGGAUUUAUAGACGUUGAGACUUGGCAAUAACAGGUGGAAAGUAAUGAAUUAUGCCUUCCAUUAUUAUAGAGUAACACCCGGUCAUAUCUUCUAGUAUUGUAUAGUACCCAAUGAUAACCAGACAACUUCUCAAGUACACAGCAUCUCUCGUGCUAUUAACAAAAUCUUAAACACUACUAGAUUCCUGAAAGAAAUACAUUUUUUCUGAUCAAUUGCUCAAUGCUCUGUGUGAAAUAGAAAUGUGGAUCGUAAAUGAUCUUAGAUUUUCAAGCUAUUGUUAAACACAGUUCUGUUAUUUUCUAUUGUUAAACCUCUGCUUACACCUUGUAUGGAUCAAAGAGGUUAUUUAAGCACAUUUGAAGAACAGCUGAAAAACAGUGACUUUUAAGUCUGUCACAACUUGACUUGUAUUUCCAAUCCCAGCCACCAGUAUUUUUAUUACUUGGAAGGAAAUAUUAUAUAAUUGGCAUAAGCAUAAAUAUGAGCAUGGUUUUGGGGGUAGAACCAUAUUAUUGUAUGGUUUUACAAAAACUGACUCCACUCUUUGAUCUAUCAGGCACAGUUGAAGGUUCUGACACUUGAAACAAGUCGUUACACUCCAGUCAAAGACCUUUCACAUGGUGGAAUAAUCAUGCUCAAGAACAGCAAGCCAGAGGAGCAGGAGGAUAUUGUGGAGACUGUGCAGGCCGGAGGACCCAAAGCUGAGGAGGAGGAAGAGGAGCCUGAACCACCUGAGCCAUUUGAAUGGACUGAAGAUUAGAAAGGGGCCAGUGAGAGUUAGCGUGGUGUGCUGUAUGGAAGACAGUGUGACAGAGACGAUUGGUGCUUCAGUGGUGGUUAUUUUAAUAAUUUAUCACAUAAAUCAUUUUAAGUCAAGUUUGUAUUGCUUACCAUAGCUGUUUAGUGGAGACCAAUCUGUUCACAAUUAUAACCUAAUUUUUAUUGUAUUGGCUUUUGUUGCAUAUGAUUAAUGAGAGGCUGCUUUUCUAUUCUUUGACCUAAUACAUGGUCAGCAUCUGCAUAUAGGUGUUUUGCUGCCAACAUAUAAAACAUCUUUAAAUCCUUUCAGCAUAUUUUUGACUGUUUUGCAGUGGACGCAUUAUUUUAGGAUUCUUAAUGUGUACACCUUAUCAGUUGUUACAUACAAGGAAAAGAAAAAUUGUUAAUAUUUAUUUAAUACAAUUGGCUCAUUGUUUUGGGGUUUUUUUACCAUCUGAGAUAUCUUAUAUCCCAAUGGAAAAAAAUUAAGGUUGCUUAUCUGUUUAUGAUAAAGACACAUACAAAUUCAGGAUAUUAAUCAUACACGUUCUGCACCUGACCGGCUUAUUUCAGUGGGGGGUCUGUUUACAUAUCCUGGGUUCAAUACUUAGUAAUAGUUGUUUAUAACCUAUGAUCUUGUCUUACUGAUUUAUGUUAGCUACUUUCUCCCAGUGUGAAUAAGACUUGUAAGUUAACACAAAUGGAAGUCUGUUUAGUUUACACAAUGGCUGUUUAAAAAAAGUCUUCUUAAUUUAUUAUAUUUUUUUAAUAAAGAACACACUAUUUUAUAUAUUGUAUUCUAGUGUGUUACUUUGUGGUUAUGAUGGUAUGUCACUACAUUCAAUUUUUCUUUUUAAUUGACAAGUUGAACUCCAAUAAAAUGGCCUUUGCAGACUUGUAUGGCUGAACUUUUUUUCAAGUGAGUUUGAAGGAAAACAGUUUUUCAUUAUAAUUUCUAUUGAUCGAAACAAUAAAUUUCUUUCACAAUGUGUUUGAACUCAAUCACUGUUACCUUCUUCUAUAAUAGUAUCUAAUAAACUAAGAGGAGCUUAAAAAUUCAAGUUAUUUUAUUACAAGCUUCAUUUUUAAUGUUUUCAUUGAAGGCUGUAUAAUUCUUAAUAGAAGAAUUGCCAUAUGUCAUACAUUCAGUUAAAUGGGCAGGGACCUGCCAAAAAUUAAGACUAUUGGACAUUUGAAGUUUGGUAUUUUAUUAUGGAAACAUUUAGUACAAUACAUGCAGCUGACUCUUAUGUACAAUUGUUCUUGUUUGACAAGUCUUAAAAAUUGAAGUUUUG